CGGCUGUAACUUCUCUCCCUCGUUAUUUCGGACUGGAUACGACCGCGAACAUGUCUCCUCUUCAUCUGCAGAAAACUCUUCUUCUUCUCCCUCUCCUCUUCCUCACCCUCCUUCACCACAGUGCGUGGGCGAAGGUGGAGGUUCAGGUGGAGGAGAGUGUGGAGGCGUACCUGGGCGACUCGGCUCAGAUCACCUGCCUCUACAACUUCACUGACGUCGAAUCAGAGCCUCGCCUCGUCAUGAUCCAGUGGUUCGUGAGGGUGUCGGGCAGCAGCUCCAGGAUCAGGAUCUUCUACGGAGACGGCGAUCAGCAAAUUGUCGACAACAACACGGACUACAGCGGCCGCAUCGAGGUGACUUCAGACGGACGGGAGUCAAAGCUCAGCAUCCAGGACGUCCGGCUGCAGGACGAGCGCGAGUUCCUCUGCCAGAUCAACGGGCUCUCAGCUGGGAACGCCGAGGGAAGGACGCACCUCCGAGUGUUCGCGACUCCCGAGGCUCCGCUGAUCGAAGGCGUCUCUUCAGGAAUCUCUGUGACCAACGAGCUGCCGUCUAAGGUCGCUUCGUGUGAAACUCGUAACGGUUUCCCCAAACCGAACAUCACCUGGUACAGGAACGGCUCUCCGCUCAACUCGGAACCCGGACAUGUGAACGUGCUGAUCCUGGUGACGCGGGACUCUUCUGGUUUCUUCUCGGUUCAGUCGACUCUGGAGUAUAAAGUGUUGAAGGAGGAUAAAGACUCUCAGUUCACGUGUGAGCUCAGCUUCUUCGUGCCCGGAGCCAUCAGGACGGCUGAGUCCAGCAGCGUCAACGUCACCGUGCACUACCCCACCACGAUGGUAGAGCUGUGGAAAGAUUCUCCUCAGGGUCUGGUGAAGGAGGGGGAGACCGUGGAGCUGCGUUGCCAGGGCGACGGGAACCCCCCCCAGCCCUUCACUUUCUCCAGAGAACAAGAGCUGGACGUGGACCUGGAGAGUAGCCAUGGAGAUGUGUUGACGUUGUCUCCGGUGUCUCGUAAAGACAGCGGCAUCUAUCAGUGUCGUCCUCUGGACAGCGAGGGAAACAGCGACGUGAAAGGAGAGAUGCAGCUCACCGUGCACUACUUGGACCCAGCAGUUGUUGUUCCUAAAGAAUCCGAGGUGAUGCUGAGAGGAGAAGAACUGACUGCGACCUGCAACGCUCUGUCCUCCCUGAAGACCUCCACCGUCUGGUACAAGGAUGGGAAGCAUGUGGGUACCGGGAACACUCUGCACCUGAAGGACGCCACCUAUCAGACGACAGGAGAAUAUAUCUGCGAGGUCACGGUGCCUUCACUGCCCGCUCUGCACACCAGCGGCUCCGUAAACAUCAUCGUCCAAGGUGGUCCUCAGCUGGUGGGCUCUGAUCAGGACGUCCAGCUGGAGGAAGCUGCAGGCCGGACGGUGAAUCUGAGCUGUGAGGCCAGGGGUCGACCGCUGCCCAGUCUCUCCUGGAGCCUCAGCAGCAGCCAGAGCUAUCAGGAGGUAGUGAGCAGGUCUAAUGAUCACGAGGCUCUCAGCGUGGUUUCGGUCUUAGUGACGGCCGACUUCAGUGCCGUGUGCAACGCCUCCAACGACCUGGGGACGGAGAGCAAGACGUUCAGCAUCAGAGCCAUUCCCAGACUGACCUCAGCGACUCCCUUCUCUCCAGCAGAGGGCAGUGGGAUCAUCAUCGUGGUCAUCAUCCUCUCUCUGCUGCUGCUCGCCAUCCUCGGCAGCGUUCUCUACUUCCUGCACAAGAAGGGGAAGAUUCCCUGCGGACGCUCCGGGAAACAGGAGAUAACCAAAGAGAAGACGACCAAAGACGACAUCGUGGUGGAGAUGAAGAGCACGACGAAGACAGAGGACACCGUCCUGCUGAAGGCCGUCAACGGAGACAAACCCAACGACCAGUAAAGUCCUGAUGGUGCAGCAGAGACGUGCAGCAGGGGGAGUGUGUGUGUGUGUGUGUGUGUGUGUGUGUGUGUGUGUCCAUGUGAGUGUGUGUGUGUGUGUGUGUGUGUGUGUGUGUGUGUGCGUGUCCAUGUGAGUGUGUGAGGAUGUGUGUGUGUGUGUGUGUGUGUCCAUGUGUGUGAGUGUGUGAGGAUGUGUCCGUGUGAAUGUGUGAGAGAGACGCUCCCCCUGAUCUGAGACCUGCAGGGUAAAAGACCACUCCUCCAUCAUUCUUUUGUUUUAGCAUUCGUGUUUGAUACAUUUACACACACACACACACGCACGCACACACACACACACACACGCACACACACACGCACACACACACACACACGCACACGUACAGAUGUGUAUUUUCUUUCUUUGAGUUCCUCAUUAGUGUUCUGGAGUUUCCUCAGUGCGUGACGACGGUUUCUCUCGUCCAUCGUCGACUUUGUUUUUGUUUUUGUUUUUCUAUGAAAGUGUACAUAUUAUAUAUAUUUUGUUAUUUAAGAUAUUUUGACACUCGGGUUUUCAUUUCACGCUCGUGUGCAUGUUGAUGCGUGUCCACGGGGUCGACAGGAAAACACUGAUUGACUUUUACAAGAAGAAAAAACACAAAAGUUGAGGCGUUUAUCUCAGAAUUUCCGUCUUAUUUUGGCGGGAAAAGAGAUUUAAAGGCAGGAUUUUCACAAUAAACUGCUGUUGCGCCGCCGCUGUAAAUACAUGCGAGUGUACAGACUGAGGGUCAGAGGUCAGAUCUGCAUCAUACACUGAAUUAUUACUUUGAGUUGUGUGUGUGUUUUCUUUGUGUUUCCACUGUUGGGCCUGACGAAGUGUGUCAGUGUGUGUGCACGUUUUAAAAAAUGAUGACUCUGCAAAAUCAGGCAGUUUUGAAUUCACCAAAUAUUGUGCUUUAAUGCAAUUUGAAGAUUGCACUGCUCUGUGUUACAAUAUUACAUUUAGAUUAAUUGUGCAGCGCUAUUCUGCAUUGCAUGUCAUGAACCUUUGAUCACAUCUAAAGUAGUCAUGGGUUUAUUUUAAGGGAUUUAGGGUUUUUUUAUCAAUAUUAUUUCCAUUUAAUUUGUAUCUGCAGCUCUUACAUUUGGCAGUUUUGAACAUGGCAUUAAGGUGUAUAUUUGAGGGUAAAUAUAAAACUCUAGAUGUUAUAAAAAGUGGGGGGAAAAGCUCAUUUAACUCUUGGAACAAAAUAUCUCCGAAAAAUGGGUUAAAAAUUGUGCAAGAAAUUCAUUUUUUUUUUAUUCCAGAUGUAAAACAGACUUUUAAAAUACCUUGAAUGUUUAUAAAGAUUAUCAGGAAUUUAUUCUUAUUCCAAAUUAUUUUCUGAAUGUCCAAACUGAAUUUCAAAGCCUGAUUUACAGCAGAUCAUCAGAGACGUGCAGAAACGCUGACUCUUCUCGUACUAAAAGGCCGUGUUGUGAAUAUUUCAGAUCUCUCUGAGCUUGUGUGACUUUUUGCCCAGAAGACUUGCAGCUUUAACAAAGUAGUGUUCUGUUUGGAGGUGUAAAUAAACAAUAACAACAACAACAACCAGGUUCAGGACGUGUUGAUGUGCACAAAGCCAUAACACCGAGUUCAUGAAGACGUUUAAAUCCUCGUUCUGGAUUUCUCUCCACAGGCUUGAAAGUGUGUUUUCUAAAUGUGUGUAAAUUAAGUUCAUGUGAUUCUUUGAUGCUUGCGUUUUUUUAAUAUUUUUUGCAAUAAAAUAAUGCCAAAUAAAAAUGUUUCCUUUGAA